UCCAACGUUUUCAGCCCCAGCGCUUCAAGAAACUGGCAAAGAUAUUGGUUUUCAAUUAUUAUUUUAAAUCAAUCGGAACUGCAACUGCUGAGUAUUUACAGAGGAUUGAAUUACAAGAGAGCUGAAAAGAUGCACUUGCAUUAUGUCAUUGGUUGCCUGCUGCUAGCCAGUUGCAGCCAUGAAGCUUUUGGUAAGGGAUUUCUUAGCCAAAAACCUAUUUCAAUUCACGAGGUUGAGAGCACCACAGAGGGUUUAAGUCCCACUAAUCCCACACCCUCCACUACAACAACCCCCUCGAAUAGGGACAUCACCAUCGGUCCCUGUAAAUGGGCCAUAGGUCGUAGUUGUCCCGAUCCGGAUGUCAAGUAUUACAUCUACACACGUCACAAUCCGAUGGAUAGGCAGUGCCUGCAUAUAGACGAGUCCCAGGAGAAAUCUAAUCUGACUGACUCCUACUUUAAUCCCAGAUAUCCCACGAAGAUCAUCAUCCAUGGCUACAACUCGGAUAUGUUUCUGCAUCCACUACAGCAAAUGAGAGAGGAAUACCUGGCCAAGGCGGAUUAUAAUAUUAUCUAUGUUGACUGGAGUGUCCUGUCGCCAGGACCCUGCUAUAUAAGUGCGGUUCAUAACACCAAACAUGCUGGCACCUGCACUGCCCAGCUGGUGGAGCGAUUGGUGGAAACGGGUAAUACGGAUAUCCACGUGAUUGGCUUCUCACUGGGGGCUCAGGUGCCCAACUAUAUAGCCCGGAAUCUAAGCUCGUUCAUGCUGCCAAGGAUAACGGGAUUGGAUCCGGCAAUGCCUCUUUUUAUCACCUCUGGCAAUGCAGAUAAACUGGAUCCCAGUGAUGCCAGCUAUGUGGAUGUGAUACACACGAAUGCUUUGGUUCAGGGAAAAAUGGAAAGAUGUGGUCAUGCGGAUUUUUAUAUGAAUGGAGGGAUCAUGCAACCGGGAUGUAGUGGACAGAAAAUUAAUUCCUUUGCUUGCAGUCAUCAACGGGCUCCCGCCUACUUCCUAGAAUCUAUCCGUUCACCAAAAGGUUUUUGGGGAUGGGCCUGCAGUGGAUAUAUAUCAUAUCUACUGGGUAUGUGCCCCCCAACGAAUUUCCUUCUGGAGGCUGGGGACAAUAUACGGCCCACUACAAGGGGAAUGUUCAUGAUAGACACCAACGAUAGUUCACCAUUUGCUCUGGGCAAGUGGACGGACUUGCCCACCUUGGGAGCAAAGCAUCCACAUUGGCGAGCGCCGCCGCAGAAACUUAAGGCGCCUCCCAAUCAGGGUGUCGAUCCUCUCCUGCAUCACAUCGAUCAGUUCGGAAAACUGGCAGCCAAUUUCAACAACCUGCAGAUGUCUCCCAGUGGUCAGGAUCCCUACGAGCAUUGGACUAGCUUCAGUCCGGAACAGAAAGAAAACGAUGACGCUGACGAUUCUGUGGAGGAGCAGGACCCUGUGGAGUUUGCCGAUCUUGAUGAUCGUCAGUUGAGUACGAAGGCCCCUACACUCAGCUGGUGGGAUUAUAGAAGAAAUCUCACAUAUGGAUUCAUGGAGAACAACAUAUUUGCUGUGCCAACAGUGCAUUAGCCCUAAUUGAUGCUUCAAGCUAUUAGAACCCCUUCCUUGCCCCCAUUCCUUACUAAUAUUUAAGUGUCACUUAAGCUGAUAUUUUCAAAUGCAAUGCUUAUACAUUGUUCUUAAUACCUAUUUUUUUAGGCAAUUCAUAAAAAACCCUUUUUUUUUGGCAAACUAAAGACCUCUAUAAUUGGCGGAUUAAUUUUGUGCGGUUUAUUAGAUUUUAGUCAAGAACGAAUAAAACAGAAUAAAAUGUGCAGGACAUAAACCAAAGUAUUUGUAGGAUGUUCAUGGUUUUAAAUCGGACAAUCAUUUCAAAUGUGCUUGCAGCAUAUCUUUUGGUUGUUUAUGUUUGUAAAAUCGGAAGAUUCUUGUACAAGAUAUUAACUUUGUUGCUGAAUUCCAAUAAGUUUUUUUUUCAAUUUAAUACAAUUUCAGUUUAAUCUGUACUAUUACAUAAAUUAAUGUUAAUAAUAAUAUUUCGUUGAAUGUGGACAUCGAUCAUGCGCAAUCGAUGACUUCAAAUCAGAUUCAAUUUUGGAAACUGUAAUUCAAGCAUCGUAUAAUUAAACAAUUCCGAAUACAAGCUGUUUUGUAUAUAUUGUAAAUUGUAAUAAAUUUGUUGCCAUUUUAAUUAGAAA